AUGGCUGGAGCAGAUGAUGGGGCGCUGCUUCAGGCUGUUGCAGAACAUACCAGCGACAGCGACGCUGGCACUGAGGAGGCUGCUGCUUCCUCUGGAGGGUUUCAAUUUGAUUUUGCAGCUGUGACGCGUGCAGUUGGCAAGUGGCUUCUGGACAGGUGCAAGGAGCCCGAUGCCAUGUACAGAGGUCUUCAGCUUCUAGAACACGCAGCCACGAACGAUUGCGUAUUAGACUCCUUGGGCGGCAGGAAAGUGACAAAGCAACAGGUCGAAGUCGCGUUGGACAUGGUGCGAGAUGCCUGCCCCUUUGCGUUGCGUCCCCGGAUGGACUUCAAUAGCUUUGACAGCGAAAUGCUUGCGAAGGCCAAGGAGAUGAUUGAUGCUAGCCAGAACGGUGCCGGGCAGCUGCCAUGGUCCCAGAAGUUUCUACACUUGGAGAGCAAGAGCUUCAUUGUGGUCAAGGAAGGUGCUUUGAGCAUGAUCGAGAACUUGCUUCACUGCAUCCGAAGAAAGAGCUUCAAAAUUCGCCUUUUGCCAGCGUGGGAGAUUGAAGUGAACUCCUGCCAGGCGAAAUCAGCUGUGCCGUGUGAGAGGAUUCAGCGACGACUUGUCCAUCAGAUCAGCCAGAUCAUUGACUCCAACGUGGGCGAGAGCUUGAGUGACAAAGUGCGCUUGGAGAACCUGGCAGGUAUGAACCAACAGUUGAAACACUCUGUGAUUUCAAAUGAGCUUCUUCGUCGAUUCUUGAGUCGCAAUGCAGGCUUUUGCGGAACUAGCCAUUCAGCGAACUCAGAUCUUCUUGAGUUGAACUUGGUCUCCCAGAAGAGCAACACCGGAACUGUUGCAGCAGCUCAUUUUGUAGCGUGCUAUUUCCUUACAGCAGGCCAAAAGCUUCUGGAGAAGCUUGGAGAGAUGAAGAUUCCAUCGAUUGCUAUCUACCAUGAUGCAAGUGAGAUUUCGACAAAUGAGGUGCUCUUGGUCCAAUGCCAAAUAGGCAACGUUGCUUGCUGCUCACCACCAAUGUUCCUGUCGGCAGCGAAAUUGCCAGAGCAGCAACCUGUCGAGGAGAAGCAAGCAGUUCUUCAAGACAAAGCAGCAGAGCUUCCCUUAGUUCCAUUGCAUCAACUUGUCCCCUUGAGUGGCAGGGGCAAUAAGAGGCAGUUGAGUGAGCAGGAAAAAGCCCGACAGGUUCCUGAUGUUCCCAUGCUGCUGAAGGAAGGUGACCUCGCAAAGACCAAGCAGCUGUACAUUGCUCUCAACCAUAGCUUGAACAAGCUCGUGGGCUUUCAAUGGAAGGAUAGCAAACCAACCAAUGUGCUUCGUCCUGUCGUGCUGGGAGAGAGACGAGAGACCUUUGUUCACCCUACCUUGGGAGACAUGAAGUUUGUUUUCAAUGAAGAGAUGAAGACUAGCCAAUGGCAAAGCACAAAGACAAUUCAGUUUGCUCAACAUGUCCGCAUCGCUAGUGUCUCUGAUCAAGGAAGUAGCUGCUUCAGCCUGGUCUCGGCGCUUGCAGAGUUUAUUGCUGUGAUGCCCAUCCGAGAUACUUCUCACAAAAUGCACCGAGUGAUUGAACUGGCAAUGAAGGGGUCCACCCAAACAACCGAGCUACGGAGAGAAAUUGGCUUGUGCUUGAAGUUUGACAAGGCUCCAUGGAACACAGGUCGCUUUGGCAGGAAGCUUCGUGAGAGCAUUCUUUUCUACGCCAGCAGUAUGUCGGAGAAUGAUGUUUUGCUAGCACCUUUGCGACAAGGUCUGGAGGACGAGCUUUCGGUUCCUGAAGGAGACUUUGAGUGCCUCAAGAGGAAGCUGCUCGCGUGGGGGCAGCAUUUAGGUACUCACCGCUCCAUCUCCACUGAGUUCGACAUGGGCAGAUGGGACAGCUUCACUGAUGGUGUUUUGAUGCAGCCUGGCAAGCGAGCCUUGGCAAUUGGCCUCUACAAGUCGAUGCAGCCCUUUCGGACAUUCACCGCAGAAGAGGUACGUGGAUGUUGCACCAGUGAUGGCGGUGUGCAGCAGGCAAAACAAUGCCUGCUGAGUUUUCCCAACCUCAUUCAGAAGUCCAUGGAGCAAGCUUUCGGCAGUUCGACGUUGAAGGAAAUGGCCUUGUUUGCAGACCUUGUGAGUCAGGAAGACUCGGAUGAGUGGUCAGUACUCCAAGAGCAUGUGAGCUUUUGCCUGAGACUCACCAAGCACACACACCGCUUCUUGAACUACCAGAUGCAUGCUCCCUGGGUUUGCCAAGCCUUCUUGGACAUCCGCGGCCCUGAAGAAGAGAAGCUCGCGCAGGACAUGUUGCAGGCCAUGAAGACAGAAUGGGAAAUGGUUUUGGAAGCAGAGGCCAGCAAUGCAGCAUGGCUAAGCAACUGCACUCAUCUGAAGUGGCAAUGCUAUCGCGAGAUCAUGACAAGCGCAGAAGAGUCAUCAUGGAAGCUGACGCCUGAGUUGUUGGAGCUCACACGGGCUUGGUUCCCCAAGAGGUCCAACACUGUGACGCUUGAGCAAACUUUCAACAAGAUGAGAGAUGCUGAACAACGUCACAGCCGGCACACACGGGCAUCACCUUGCCAAUUGGCAGCAGUUGCAAUCAAGUCAACCAACCAAAUAUUGGGUGGCAAAUCACCUGAUGGGCGUGAGACCAAGCUUGCGCUCAUUGAGCCGCCCAGUUCUUUGCUUGCCAGCAUGCCCAAGGAGUUUUCAAAUGGCUUCAUGAAGCGAGAUGUAUUUGAUUCCUCACGGGUUCCUCUGGCCAGUGGCGGAAUUCCAAACGCUACUGAUAUCUUCCGCCAAUCCAACAGAACCAGCGCUUUCCAGUUUGUGGGCAAGGGUCUUGGCGAGUUGGAUGCUCGUGUCUACUUCAAGAAGAAGAAUUUAACUAUCAGUUCCUACUUGUGGAUUGCUUCUGUCAUUCCGGAAGGAGCUGUAGCUCGGCUGACUGACAGCUGA